UUUGAUAUGGGUGGCAAUCCUGUUACUGUCCAUAACUGACAGAAAUCGCCCGAAUAUAUUGAACCACAUACAUAACUUUUCUGAUUGCUGUCCGAUAAAUCAAAACAUAUCGCUUUUGAUGUUUCGCUUUUACAAGUUGUACUCGUUAUACAUGAGCAACAUGGCCAGCGGGCUCACAAGGCAGCAGGAGUGGUGCCUGUGCGAGAAGCUGCCCCGAGCGGUGCUCCACAUCCCGGUGAACCGCCAUCUGGUCUGCGAGGUGUGCGGAUUGGCCCGACGCCCCCAGGACAGCGCCCACUCCUCCAGCGACGAGGAGGCCGAGCUGGCCGCCAAUCGCCAGAGGUUUUUACUGGAGCAACGUCGCACGGAGGAGGACAAAAAAAGCGAGGUGAAGGCGAAGAAACCCAAUGCCAGAGCCAGUUGCCGGAUGAACUGCGUCAAGUGCGGUGGCUUGUCCAGACCAGAAGGUGGCCAGACCCGAAAUGGUGACCCCAAACACGUUAAAAGCAAGUUAUAUUCGGUUCGUCAUGGCUUCCACUCGAAGCCAAAAAGAAUGCUUCCACGCCGGGAGAAACAGGAACCCUCAGCGCCGCCACCUCCAAUGGAGUGGAAGCCACCGCCACCGCCCGCCCCUCCUCCACCUCCACCUCCUCCACCACCAGCAUCGAGGUUACCCUGGAAGGAGAUGCCAAACUUGGUGAAACAAGACGUUUUCAGUCAGAAAAACCACAUACUCCAGAGCUAUAGUAAUCUCUUUGUCAGCAACUUUAUCCCGUUGAACACACCCAUUACGAAUGGCCUGGGAGGAGCCAUCUCCAAGAGGAGCAGCUACAGCUCCCGUCCGCCACUCUGUCACAGGAGUCGUCCGCUGCCCCCACUGGCCCAAGUACGGUCCAACAUCUUGGCCAGUAGUCAAAAGUCGCUGGAGGACAGAGAGAAGGGCGGCAGCUCCAGUCCACAGACGUCCAAGGAUUCGCUAGAUGCCGAUAGCGAUCUGGCCAGCCAGUUCUGUCCCUUCGACCAGUACGAGGGACCAUCAGAGGAUGCACUCGUCGUGAAUAGUGCUCGCUACCUGCUCCAUCGACCCAAAUCGUUGUACAUUGAACCACGCCGGGAUUUGCGCAACAAUCGCAUCGAGGCCUUGGAGUUGGAACUGAGAAGUGGCUGUGGUUCACCGGCCCCUUCCCCUCCCAAAGUCCCCGUAAAUCCCGAGAACGAUAGUCCACCAGACGUACAGCGUCCUUGCUUCUUCAUGACCAAGCUGGUACAGCAAAAUCUUAUGAAAAAGAUCAAUGAAAUCGAAUUCGAUUGUUCAAGCGAAAGCGGCUCCUUGAGCAGCCACACUUCCAAUCCCUCAAUCAUCCAGCAGACCCAACAAGGAAAUGCGGAACAAGAGACCGGAAAUUUAGGAAAUUUAGACAGGCAAGCAGCCGAGAGAUCCGCCAUCAUUGCUUCGAUUUGGGAUCAGCUUAUCCGUUCACAAGCAUCCAAGAGCUCUGCCGAAAACUCCGAGAAUGACAAGGGCCCUGAAUUGGACCAGUUUCCCAAUCACGACAACGAGGACCAUGGAACAAGUUCUUUUUUAAGUGAUGUAUCAACUGAUCAGUCUUUACUUUCUUCAAAUAAAACAAAGCACGAUCAAGAUUAUUCCAAACGCUUCUCAACAACACUAAGCUCUUCUAGCGGGGAAAGGGAUUUCGAUAGAAUAAGCGAUUCAUCACCAAACACAACUGGAAAAACAAUAUUUUCUGUGAAGGACAAGCCCAAUUCCAUACUUUUAAAGUGCAGCCGUUGCGGAAAUCACCGAAAUGUUAUACAGAAUGCAGAAUAUGAUACCAUAAAAAUGAAGAGAGAUAUAAUACCUAAAGAGACCGAUGACAUAAAUCGAACCUGCUUAAAUAUAAAACUUAGAAAUGCUAUAAGGCACAAACUGGAAAACUUAAGAACUGAAAAGAAGAAAUGCUCUACGAUGGAAGAUUACGAGGAAGGUAUGAAUAAUGAUAAGCAUACAACAUCCAUCCAAACAAUAUUUCAAAGAAACUUUGCCCUUGUCUGUCAUUCGCAAAGAAGUUCAUCACCAACACAUUGCAAUAAUCAUCAAUGUGCUAAAAACCUACCUUCCAUUUUGCAGACUGACAAAAAGAAAUUGGAGAGUAAGGUAAAACCCUACAACAAUUCAUUAAUAAUUAAUACGGAACAUGUACCAAAUAUUUCACCAACGGUUUUAGAAAAUAAAGAUGAAGCCAAAGCCUUACCGGUGGAUAGCGUUGGGUUAUAUAGACACAAAAUUCAGUCGAUCUCCUGGGCAGUGGUCAAAAACUUCGAGACAGUGGCCUACAUGUGCGCAGAGAUUCCCAAGCUCCGCAUCGCUACCUUUGUAAAGGACACUAAAGUUGUUAAAGGAUACAUAAUGGAAAGUUACGUUACGAAUCGUCCUUCUUUGUCUCUCUACGAAUUUCGUAGGCCUGACAUAGAUCCCAGCGAACUGGUAUCCCACAGCGACAAGGAGGGAAAUGUAAAUGAUGAUAGCGGACCAGAAACUCCGAUUGCCCAUAUAACUACUCCCAAGAGAUUAAGCCGAUCUACUAAGCAACGAAAAAAUCGAAAAAAACCCCGUCUGCCGGUCUGGCCAGCACAUCCUUUAAAAUACCGAAGCCGCAAGAUUAAGUACGAAGAACUUGAAAUAGCAUUUGAUAUGCAACAAAAUGAGAUCUUGUUAGAUCAUCAAAAAAAGGUUUUGAUUUUUAAGAAUGAAAGAGUUACCAAUAUCUACGAUGCUCAACAGUUUUCCCAGUCGGAUAUGUUUUGCGACAUGAGUACAGAGGAAGAAACAAAGUCAAAUCCAAUUAAUAUUAUAAAAGGUGAUCAACUAUUUGUAAAUAAUAGCGAUAGUUUUGUAGAUUCUGAAAGUUUGGAAAACAAGAAUACUCUGAGUACAGAACCCAAGAAAGAGAGUUUAAAUACUAGACCUCUAAACUUAUGUGUUAGGAAAUUCAAUAAAAAUCCCAUAAAUGGAAACAAUGAGACAAAAGAUCAGAACAAAAUUUCCCAGGUGAAUCCUACAAAAGUGAGUGAUAACAUAAGAAAACGCAUAGACAAUGCGCUGCAACUCAAGCUCAAAAAAAUGAUGAGUAAGCCGAUAAAGCUGCUAGGAUCGACUGAAUCUUCAUCGGUUUCAAAAUUUUUGGAACCAUUUACAAAUAAAUUGGCUGGUACAGAAGAAAAGGAACUUAACUCUUUACGGAACAGCAUAGCAUUGAGUUCAACAAAAAGAGGAACAAAAAUAACAACCAACUCUUCAGAUAUGACUACUGUCGAAAAAACUGUUGGAGGAAUUGAUAAUGCUGCGCUAUCAAGUGCAUCAAAAGACAUUUCAGAACUAGGUGCCAGAAAGCUUAGAAAGCCAAUUGUAAAUUCUGAUUCAAAACCAAAUGCUUCUUGCCAAAAGCCACUGCGUCUUAUAACCAAUUUGGAAAACUCAACCUCCUCAAGUGAGGAGUCAAAAUACGUUUCGAUGGAAUCGAGGUUCCAUACAAGAAACAUAGAAGAUUUCAAAAAGGUGUGGUGA